CUCUUCUUGCCUUUCUGCUCUUUUCAUGUUCCCUUCUGUGUUGUUUGUUGGCUGGACACCUUUUUUCGCCUUUGCUUUGUCUGUACGCGGCUGGAUCGGGACGGCCCACUACAUCAAUGCCUUCAGACGAUCCAAAAAGCUUCCUUUGACAGAAAUUUACAUUCGCUUUCAGCUCUUGUAGCUAACCUGGAAUGCGCCUGCAAGAAGUGUGUGAUUGAUUGAAUGCGUGCUGUUGUCGCAUAACCAAGAGUCCCAACCAUCGAAGUCGAAGCGUCUGGUCGCUGCGAUAUAACCUCGAAGGCGCGAUGAAACUAUUCUUAUGGACCAAUGUCUUGCUCUUUCAGACAUGGGCGACGGCUCUAGAACCUCCAUCCGCUCUUCCAACGCCGUGCAGGAGGAGAGUGGGGGGCACAGGCGAGAUAUUUCUCGAUGAUUGCAUAAAUGACGGCCGCAUUCCACGUCUUGCGAAAAGACAUCCCUCCGAAGAUGAUAGGAUAUCUCGCAAAGAUCCGAUUAUUACACCUUCGCCCAGAUCUCCAAGCUUCCGGAAGUUUAAGCGCAAAGAGGAUCGUGGUAAUCCCAAGCCAGCUGGUAACUCCAAUCAAGGUGCCAGCAAAAACGCUGCUGAGAACAAAAACCCGCCUGGGAACGGAAACCCACCUGGAAAUAAGAACCCUCCUGGCAAUAAAAAUCCUUCUCCCGACAAUAACAACCCUCCUGGCAACAAAAACCCCCCUGGCAACAAAAGCCCUCCUGGGAACAAAAUCCCCCCUGGCAACAAAAGCCCUCCUGGGAACAAAAACCCUCCUGGCAACAAAGGUCCGCCUUGGACAAAUAUUCCUGUUGGCGGACCUAAUCCGGACCAAAAGGAGCCACCUUGGCGUGGCAGGCAGCGUCAGGAUGAGGACGACGUUCCCGACCCUCCUGACCCCGACGGCGAGGACGGCGAGGACCACGAGGACGACGACGACGAUGACAAUGAUGGUGACGACGAUGAUGCCCCUGGGAGGAAACCUAUCACGACAGCUUUUAGAUCGGAAUCUACGAGCAGAUACUCUCACACGCGACUGGACUCAACCACGGAAGAGUUAGCAACUGAAAGCUCUACCGCUGCGACGGAUUCCAGCCGCUCUACCUCCACAGCGCCUGCUUCAACCACCAACACAGCCUCAUCUUCAUCAAGUCAUUCGCGGAUAACUUCUACUGACAAUUCCGCACCUGCAUCCACAACCUUAUCCCAGAUAGCAUCCACAACCACGUCCACAUCCGCAUCUCCUACCCCACCCCCGGAAGAUGACGGAAUAAACAAAGCAGGGGUUGCAGCGGGGUCUGUCUUUGGCGGUUUUGUUGUCAUCGCGGUCGCUUUUCUAGGUCUAUUAUACUACAAGCGAUGGCAAAAACACCGAGAUCAUAAGGAAGAAGAACGGCAGAACCGAAAAUCACGAUACUUAGCAAUAUCCGCUUCGGACAGUGGGGAUUCGCAAGCAGAAACUCCCGGAAGCGGAGAGAGUUAUUUAAACCGUGGGCCAAACUUCACUUGGCAUCCUAAUAUGGCAUACGCACCUGUUUCGCAACAUAUAUCUCCUGGGAACAAGGACGAUUUCCAACCCCUUACUCCCGAUAUGCCCCGUGCCACAAGUGGUCGCUUUUAUUCCUCUAUGGCGACAGAUGACGAUCAGCAGCGGCUUUCCUUGUCGACUAAUCCAGCAUCCAGCGGGCCUUACCCACCCCCUGGGGCCUUACAAAGACCAGUCUCCAUGGAAAGUUCUCUUCAUCGGCCGCAUAACUUCGAUACCCAUGGCGUAGGUCGUAGCCAUUCUAUUGAGCGCAAGCCACUGCCCCCAGCAGGAGCACCGUCCACCGAGCUACCCAUUGUCAUGGAACUUCCUCCCGAUAACCCACCAACACCACCAUCCUCGGAAAUGCCGUCAAGUGGACCUUCUUCAGCAACACGCAGCACUCGUCGAGCUUCGCGCAGCAGUAUUUCCACUGUUAACCAACAUAUGAACUAUCGUACUUCCCAAUAUUCCCCUCACGUCGAUCAAGCCGAGAAUUUUCCAAACACCUUGCAUGCCAAUCAGCCGCCGCGGUCGGAUGGUUAUGGAGUCUAUCCGUAUCCAGGCACAUAGCCCGUCACGAGCGAAAAGAGAAAAGAAUAACAAACCUACACAUUGCCACUUUGUAUGACAUAUAUUUUAAUUAUUCCUUCUUAGUAUUAUCUUUUUCUUUUUCCUUUUAUUUUUUAGUUCUCAAACUUUGUUCUUUUUUGGAUAUUAAAUGGAUUUGCAUGACACUUUUAAGAGAUACCAAUUUUGUCUUUUCUCUGGCCUGUCCAUUUUUACCGCAGUUUUUUUACUAUUGUUAUUACUACCAUCAGGGGAAAUUUCUAUGAACAGAGCAAAGAAGUACACAGAAAGAGUUUGACUUCAGCCGGAGAGCGAGAAACACAGGGAGACGCUCCUCUUCUAUAGCUAGGCAGAAUAACAUGCAAACUACACCUUC